AUGGGGGACUAUGAUGAGGAGAUAGCCUUCCUGGGCAAUUGGGGCAGAUUUCAGCAGAUUAUCUUUCUCCUUCUCUGUGCCACAGCUGUGCCCAACGGAUUCACUGAUCUGUCCAUCGUAUUCCUGGGAGACAGCCCAGCCCAUCAAUGUCUGAUCCCAGAGGGACUUAACAUCACUGAGGAGUGGAGAAAGGCCAGCAUUCCCACACAGGAGGUGAACGGGGAGACGGAGUACAGCAGGUGCAGAAGAUACAGGCUGGAUUUGAUCUCAAACUUCUCAACCCUGGGCCUGUCCCCCAGUAAGGAUGUCAACCUCUCUCAAGUGCCACUUGAGGGCUGCUCUGAUGGAUGGACCUACAGUAAGGAGAUCUACCAGUCCACCAUAGUCACUGAGUUUGACCUUGUUUGUGACAAUGAGUGGAAGAAGCCGUUGUCUACCUCCAUCUACUUCCUUGGCGUGCUGUCUGGGUCUUUCUUCUCUGGACAAUUUUCAGACAGGUUCGGGAGAAAGCCAACCCUUUUCAUUACCUUGGUGAUUCAGACGGUCUUCGGCUUCGUCCAGGCUUUCUCUCCAUCAUGGGAGGCGUUCUCUGUGUUCUUCUUUUUGGUGGGAAUGGGACAUAUCUCCAACUUCGUCGCAGCAUUCGUAAUGGGAACGGAGAUCCUGACAGGACCUCCGCGGAUGAUUUUCGCUUCCCUGGGUAUCAACGGCUUUUUUGCCAUCGGCUACAUGCUGCUGCCGCUCUUUGCCUACUUCUUCAGGAAUUGGAGGACACUCCUGAUUGCUAUGACUGUGCCCAACAUUGUCUAUAUCGCCUUUUGGUGGUUCAUCCCGGAGUCCCCCCGAUGGCUUCUCUCUCAGGGCCGGGUGGAGGAGGCAGAGGCCAUUUUGAGAGGUGCUGCCAAGAAGAACGGAGUCAAAGCCCCGGAGGUCAUCUUCCCCCAAACAGAGAAAAAAAAAGUAAAAGAAGAAUUCCAUGGCUUUCUUGAACUCCUGAAGACCAGCAACAUCCGGCACAACACAUUAAUAUUGACUCUAGUGUGGUUUAGUCUACUGAUUGGUUACUUUGGCUUGUCCCUGAACACAUCCAACCUUCACGGAAGCCCUCAUCUCAACUGUUUCAUCUCCGCUGCCACUGAGAUCCCAUCUAGCAUUGCCUGCUGGCUGGCCCUGAAAUAUCUACGUAGAAGACUGAGCUUAAGCCUCGGCAUGCUGCUAGGAGGCGGAGUUCUUUUCUUCAUUCAGCUUGUACCUCCAGAUCUGUCCCCCCUGGCCAUUUCACUGGAAAUGAUCGGGAAAUUCUUCAUGACCAGUGCACAUGGCUUGAUAUACGUUUACACGGGAGAGCUGUACCCCACCGGAAUCAGAAACACCGCGAUAGGGAUCUGUGCCAUGGCCUCUAGAGUGGGCAGUGCCAUCUCUCCAUACUUUGUCCACCUGGGCACAUACAACACCGAUUUGCUUUACAUUCUGCUGGGAAGCCUCACCACUAUAUCAGCGAUCAGCAUUCUCUUUCUGCCAGAGAGCUUUGGGCUCCCCCUGCCGGAGACCAUGGAUCAGAUGCCAAAAAGAGAGAGGAUAAAAUGGCCGUGUCUGUCCAGUGAACAGAAAGUGAAAGACGAGCAAAAAAACGACAAGACUCAUUCAGGGAAAAUUGCUGCAGAGACAUGGAUGUAG